AUGAAGAAAAACAAGAAAGAGAUACCUCCUGAAUUCCUACCAAGCAAAUCCAGAGAAAUAAACUCGAGUCUUUUCGGAUUUCAACAUGAUUUUUGUCUGGUGUCGACUAUUCCUAAAAAGAACAAAGCAGUGAUUUUUCUAUCAACGGCGCAUGACACAUCUGAUAUAGAUGAUAUAACCAGCAAGACUAUCAUAAAUUUAGAUUACAAUGCUACCAAGGGAGGCGUUGAUACAGUAGACCAGAUGUGCGCCUCUUAUUCAACUUCUAGGAUAACAAGACGGUGGCCCCUUGCUCUGUUUUUCAGACACCUAGAUAUUGCUGGAAUAAAUGCAAAUAUUAUUUUUAAGUUCAAUAAUGUCGAGAACAGAGACAGAAGACGACAGUUUCUGAAAAAUCUUGCCUUAGACCUGAUGAAGGAACAUCUGAAGGAAAGAGCUGGGAUUCUAAGUCUUCCUAAAGAUGUACAAGUAUUCUUGGAAAAGUAUAAGGAGAACCAUUCAUCUGUUAGAGAGAUGUAA